AUGGCAACCACCACCACCACCACUAGUCGCAGACUCCGGCCUCCGUCGCCGAGUAUUGACCGAAGCCGGAGUAUAACUUCCUCCAUGUCCCUCCCGGUAUCCUUAAACGCCUCAUUUUCUUCGUCGUAUUCUUCAUCUUCUUCCUCUUCCCCUUCCAACUCAAGCAAACGAGUGAUGAUAAGCAGAUCACAAUCCACAACAAGAUCUUCCCGACCCACCGGCUCCAACCCGAAGUCCGGAGAGAUGAUCCCGGCGAGAAACAGCGCGUCAAGAUCUCUCGAGGUGAACAACGGUAGAAGCAGAGAGGCGUUUGCUCGUUAUCUGGAGCAACGUGAGCGUGGCAGUCCUCGAAAUUACGCUUCAUCCAAAGGGGUAAAACAGGGAGCCAACUCACCAUCGGCGUGGGCAUUGUCCCCGGGGAGAGUUUCGACUAUGAAAACGUAUUUGUCCAGCUCAGCUCCGGCGACUUCAAUGUGCCAGACGCCUCCUGAGUCACCGGUAAGCGCAGCCAAGAUGAGAAGCGGUGGCGCUGGAGCAGUGGCCGGAGUUUUGAAGUACUUCAAGGCACAGAAGAAAGUAUCUCCGGUUCAAGAGGAGGAUUAUCACCGGUUUAGGGUUUAUCAGAACAGGUUACUUCAGUUGAGGUUUAUCAACGCAAGAACUGAAGCCACUAUGGCUAACCUUAAGAUCAACGUUGAGGAUCAGUUGUUUUGGGUUUGGCUUAGGACGUAUAAAAUGAGGAACUACGUAGUGGAAAAUCUAAUUGAAGUUCAAAGGCUCCGUCAAGAAAUUAAACUACGUCAAAUUCUCAGCCUCCAGAUGCCUUUACUCAAUGAAUGGUCAAAAUUGGACCCCAAAAACUACGAAGCGUUGAGCAAGCUAACUCGAAAACUCCACGCUUUGUCUGUCCGUUUACCGCUUCUACAUGGUGCAACGAUAGAUGUGGUGUCCAUACAUGAAGAAAUGGUCGCAGCAAUAGAAGUCAUGGAUGAGAUCGAAGAAAUCGUCAUAAAGUUCCUCCCACGACAGGUUGAAAUAAUCCUGUAUGAGCUGACAGAAUUACUCAGUAUGUUCAAACAAGAAUCGUUAUAUUUUGAAGAAUUGGAGAAGAGCCUUAACCUUAUGCCUCUCAUUGCGGCGAAGGAGAGUAGCUUAGAGGUGCAUUUGCUCCAGAAGACUAAAGAACAGAAAAAUUAUGUGCAAGAUUUAUGA